UACUGCUGAACCAUACCCAAACCUGCCAUGACCACCAUGCCUGGCGUGGCUGGCGAACGCAGGUGGCUGCUGGCCGCGGCCGGGCUUGGUGCCCUGGGUGGCUUCUGCCUGGCGCGAGCCACGGGGCCAAGGAGGUCGCUCUCUGUCGAAGGGGAGAAGGAGCCAAAAGAUCGCUCAGACCCAAAGAUGAAGGGCAAAAGGAAGGGCAGAAGAGAAAUCAUCUGCGAAGACGCCCUAAAGUGGAUAGAUGAGAUGCAGAGUUUCCCCUUUGGGGCCAUGGUCUUCACCUCACUCCCCGACAUGUCGGAAGUGGUGGAGUUCCUCGGACCCCGCUUCGAAGAUUGGGAGCAGUUCUUCAUGAAGGCGGUGCGGCAGAUUUUGGCCGCCCUGCCGCUGAAUGGCGUGGCGGUCUUCUAUCAGACCGACGUAAGGCUGGCGGAGAAGGGCCAGGUGAGCAAGGCGUUUUUGGUGCUGAAGGCGGCGCAGGAAGUUCCACAGGUGCGGCUGAAGUGGCACAAGAUCGUCCACUUCGGCACCAUCGAUCAACCCACGUGGAACGCCGUGCAGUUCACCCACCUUCUCUGCUUCGCCAAGGGGCCCCCAGAGGUGGCGAGAGUGGGCUGCCAGGGCCCGGACGAUGAGGUGGUGGAUUUGGGGAGUACCAUUCCUGAUGUGCUGGAGAGGGGCCCCAAGCCCAGCCUGAGGAAAGGAGCAUGUUGUAUGGGCCUCAACGCCACCAUGGCAGUGCUGAAGUGGGCCACACGACGAUUGCCAGGACUGCACACGGUGAUCGAUCCCUUCUGCGGGGCGGGCACGGUACUGGCGGUGGCCAAUGAGUUUGGUCUCGACGCCAUCGGCGUCGACAUUUCGCCCAAGCGAAUCAAGCAGGCGCAGCGUUUGAACGCCAAAGAUUUGCGGCCCAAGGCUCCAGUGGAGCGCUGAGGGGCUUCGAGGCCUCCACGCUUCGACUCUUUGCCGCCACUAGGAGGCCUGCAGCAAAGAAUCUGAGACAACCGGUGAGAGGGGAUGCUUCAGCCAAUUCUGGUUUGUGUCAACUCCAGAUUACAAAAGCCCUGGUUCAUUUCGGGGAUGUUUGGUUUGAUAGCAGAUUAUAUACACACAUAUCGUGCCUGUUUGAUCAGGCAUGUCUAUCCGGGCUUGACAUGACAAGUUGGAUGAAAAAUGCAUCACCACUGGGGAUGUGACACCCCAGAACUUGGAAAUUGACCUGAGACCCUCG